AUGUCCAAAGACCCUCUUGAUGUCAUAACGAAACAAGCAUUCCACUCGAUGGAGAGCGAGCUUGCAGGACCUUUCAUCACUAAUGCCCGACGGGCUGCGAGCAAUCUGAAGAUGCUUCUCGCUCCCCACCUUGCCAACAUCCAAGCUCUGUUGUCUCUGCACCUUAUUGUCUACCCGAAGGAGCUCUGUCUCAGAUAUUCCACCAAGCUCUCUACCUCUCACACUUAA